ACCGACCGUAGUUCCGCGAGCGAUCCCGCGCGCAUUCGAAUUUCACGCGCCAUCGUGACAACAUCGGGCUGGCGUUGCGUUACGCACCACAAAAACCAAAAAAAAAACGUUACUGCUCCAUCUUGCUUGAACUAUCUUUGACACGGUGGGACGUGGAGUGGUAAAGAAGGAAAGAAAGGCGGGAUACCCUAUUACAGCCCUUGAUUGUAUUGUCACGCCAACAAAACUCCACCGACCAAGACGAGAAAGAAAUGGUUUUGUGAAUGAAUAUAGUGUUGACUUUGCUGUCGUACGUGCGAUAAAGCUGUCUGUCUUACAUAUGUGUGUGUGAAAGAGUGCGUGCGUCCGGUUUGGGUGUUGUGAAAGGUACCCCAUCCCACCCAGAAAGGGGAGGCUUUUGUUUACACUACUCUGCUGGUGCAAGAGAGCAGUGCGCGAUGGUGCAUUCUUGACAUUCCAAUCACAUACAUUGACCCAGUGAAGUCGACGGGGCAAGCUGACGAGGCAAUGAAGAGAAACUGUGAGUUUCGUCGAAAGGUGCACAGUUACAGUUAUAACAUCACAAGUGCACAGGGCGGCAUGUAACGCCGAAAGAGUAGGAUUGAAUUGUUCUUUAGCACGCUUCAAACGGAAGUACCUGGCGUAAAUGGCGAACCCGAGCGGAUCAUAUCAUUUGGACGAUGUGCCUAACAGUGAGCAGCCCUUCGAAGUCACAAUGACAGCAGAACAGCAAGAUCGGGAAGAGCUGGUAGGACCACGCAGAGGACGGUGUAAAUGGUUUAACGUCGUUAAAGGAUGGGGCUUCAUAACGCCAGAUGACGGUGGCCAGGAAGUGUUUGUGCAUCAGAGUGUCAUACAGAUGGGAGGAUUUCGUUCGCUCGGUGAAAACGAAGAGGUUGAGUUUGAAUCGAAGCUAACUGGGAAAGGAUAUGAAGCGACCCGCGUCUACGGACCUUCACAUGCUGAGUGCAAGGGAAGCGACUUUCGACCGUACAGCAAAAAGCGAAGGUUCCGAAAAGUGAGGUGCUACAAUUGUGGAGAGUUUGCAAAUCACAUUGCGUCAAAGUGUGCGUUAGGACCACUGCCAAAGCGUUGCCAUAAUUGUCGAAGCGAGGACCAUCUAAUAGCGGACUGUCCAACGAAACCACCCGCAAAAUGAUUCUUCCUAGGAAACGAUGCACUUUGUUGCUUUUAGUUUAGUAUGAAACACCUAAUUAUUAAUGACCAAUAUCCUUUUAUUCGUAAAAAUAGUGGUACUGAUAGGUUUAAAAUAAAACGAAUGAAAAAAAUAAGUAAUAAAACAGAUUUAUAUUAACUACAAAA